AUGAAUGAAACCCAUCCCCCCAAAAAAAAUGAAUAUGGAGAACCACACUCCGCUAAGACGAAGAAAAAGAAAAUUAUAAAAAAAAUUAUUUUAAAAAAAUUGGAACGACGAAUGAAAACAAGAUUACAUAAAUUAGAUAGUCAAUACAAUGAUUUAGUUAAUAUUAGUAAAUAUUUAAAUACUGUAGAAAUUGGAAAUAACGUACAAUUAUUUAAAAAGUUGAUAAAUAAAAUUUCUAAAAAAAUACGAAUUACUAAUGAAGAAAAUAAUGAUGAUAUAGCUAUAUUAAAAAUAGAGAAGGAUUUAAUAAAAUCCAAUAUUAUAAAUAAUAAAAAGGGAUUAAAAACAUACAAUAAAGAUGAGCAAGUUGAAGAUGAUGAAUGUAUAGAACAUGAAACAGAAAAAGUUACAAGAUAUGAAAAAAGGAAAAAGAAAAAAAAAAAAACAUCGCAUUCACAUUCAUCACAUAGUUAUGUUAACUCAGUUACCCCUUUACAAAUGUUUCAUGAUAAUAAUUUAUGUAUGAAUAAUAAAUGCUAUCAUAAUGAUUUUUUAGUUGAUAAUUUAAAAAUAAAAAAUUCAAUAAUUAUGGAUUUAUUUAAUGCUUUAUCAAAAAAUAAAUAUUUUAAAGAAACAAAUUGUUGCGAUCAAAUGUUUGAUCAAAGCAAUAAUAGUAUAAUAUAUAAAAAGGAAAAAAAAAAAUUAAAAAAAAAAAGAAAAUUGCUUCGUUCAAUUUUUUUUAAUAAGAAUAAAAAAAAAAAGAGAAAGCUAAUAAAUGAACAAGAUCAAUUAAAUAACGGAAUAGAAGGAAUACAUGUAGAUGGAAAAGUUGGAGAAAAUAUAAAUCCAAAUAAUUCCACAGAAUAUACGUCUGAGCAAAAUGCAAGCGCGGGCUUAGGCGUAGAUGGAUGUAUUCCCAAUUCAAGUGAAGCAGAAAAAGAAGUAUUCAAAAAUAUAAACAGUAAUAAAAUCAAUAUAAAAAGUAAUAAUAAUAAUUAUCAUACCUACAAUGAUAGCAGCUUUUACAAUUCAUCAAACUUUGUAGUUGACAAUAACAAAAAUAAAGCUUAUUGGAUUUCUAUGAAAAAAGAAAUAAAUAAAAACGUCGGUGAAACUAAUACCAAAACAAUUACAUCAAAUAUAUUAACGUUUUUUUCUAGUAUAAGUAGAAUAUUUUAUUGUGAAGUUAUUGAUAAAAAAAAAGAUAAAUUAUAUAUAAAUGAUGACAUUAAAAAUCAAAAAAGAAACCGGUUUUAUGAAUAUGCAAUAUCUGAUGGUUGCUAUUUAUCAAAUCCUAAAAAAUUCAUGUAUGAAAAAAAUUAUGAAAAUAAUGAGGAAGAAUAUUAUAACAAUCAUAAUGAUAAUAAUGGUUUUGAAAAAAAUAAUUAUAUUUACAUAUAUGUUAAAAGAGAGUAUAUUCCUGAAAAAUUAUUAAAUUUAAAAAAGAAUCAUAAAAUAAAACUGAUUUUAAAUUUCCCGUCAAAUGAUUUAGACACUUUCUAUAAAGGGGAGGUUGAAAAAAAUGAUAAAAAUUGGAAUAAGAGUUUUUCUUCCAAUAAUAAAAAUGAUGAUGAUGAUAUAGCUAAAAUGGAUGUAAAAAAUUGCGUAAAAAAAGAGGAAGGGUGUAAUGAAAAAGGUAACGAAAAUGGAGAAGAUGAAGAUUAUGAUGAAGAUGAUUAUGAAGAGAGACAAGGGCAUGGAUGCAUAUCUACUGAUGAUAACCAGUCCGAAAAAAAACAAGAAAAAAAAAAUAUAAAAAAUGAAAAUGAAAUAAAUUUUGAUAAGUACAAUAUACAAGUAGGAUCGUGUAUAUAUAAAUAUAAAAAUAUUUUUAAUAGAAGUAAAUAUAAAAAAAAAAAAAAAAGCAAAAACAACAUCAAUACAAUUAAAGCAGUGGAUGAUUGUUAUCUUUUUAAUAAUAUUUAUUUAAAUUAUUUAAAUAGAAGAGAUUCACUUGAUAAAAGAAAAUAUAAUUAUUGCGAGGUCGAUAUUUUGGAAUAUGAUCCCGCUAAUUAUGAUGUAGAAGAUAUUAUGAUUCAUUUAGAAAAAAUUAUAAAAAAAAAAACAAAAUAUACUAUCCCAGCAUCACCUUUUACUCCAUCUUUUUUAUUAAAUUAUAUAAAUAAAAAAUAUGCAUUAUAUUAUAUUAAAGGGAAUAAAAAAACGAAAAUGAUUUAUAAUAAAAAAGAAAGAAUGAGAGAUUAUGAAAUGAAAAAGAUGAAAAAAAUUGAACAUAAUAAAAUUAAAAAAGAAAAAGAAGCUGAAAUGAAUAAUAAUAAUAAUAAAUAUAAUGAAUCAAAUUAUUGGCAAACAUAUCAGAAUAAUGACGAUGCAUUAAAUAAAAAAGAUGUAUCUAAAAACCAAAUUAAAAACAUGAAUAGUAAUAAGAAUGAAUUAUACAAUAAGAAGAAAUAUGUAUCUAAGAAAGUGAAUCAAGUUGAUACUUAUAAUAGUAAGAAGAAGAAGGAAAGGAAGAAGAAAAACUGUUUUUUUGUAUUUGACAAUGAAAUGCUAAUGCAAACUGGAAUGGGAAAUAAAAAUUGGAAUGAUAAUGGUAGUAACUUUACUGAAACCAAUUAUAGUAAUAAUUUGAAUAGUGAGAAUAAUAAUUUACAAAAUGAUAACCAACUAAAAAGAGAAAAAAUAGAAACAGAAUAUUUAAUGAUUUAUAAUCAUAUGCUAAGUUAUAAUAAUUGUUCCGAUGAAAUAAUAUUAAAAUAUUAUAUUUGUCAAAUAGAAAAUCGUGAUUUUAAUUUUGAAAUUCGAAAUAAAUAUAUUCCUAUUGGUGUUGUGCACUUUUAUGAUUAUUAUUUAGAUAGAAAAACGCGGCUUGAAAAAACAUUAAAAGAGCAUUCAAAAGUUUAUAAAGAAAUAUAUAAAUUAUGGAAAGAAGAUAUUGAUAUACACGAAAAAGAAAGAGAAAAAAAAAAUAUAUUUGCAUGGGGAAUUUUACCAGUACGAGCAUAUGAUCAUCCUAAUAUUUUUGUUCCUUUACCAUGUGGGUUUAAACAUAAUAAUAAAAAUUUAGCAUAUAAUAUUUUGACAGUAUGUGAUAAUAGUAAUUAUGAUGAUAAAUUAUUAGAAAAAAAAGAAAAGAAAAAAGAAUAUAUGAAUAUUAAAUAUGCUAAUUUAACGGGUCCAUGUGUAAAUUGGAGAAAACAUUGCAUAUUUUUUAGUGAUAUAAAAACAAGCAGACUUUUUCAUUUUUCAUCGAUAUAUCCAUAUUAUUAUUGUAUGCAAAAUAUUAUGUUAUCAAUAUUCGCUCUAGAAAGAAAUGUUACAUACAACAACACUAAUAAUGCAUUGCAAAUAAAACCUGAUGAUCAAAGUUACAUCAACGAUAGUAUGUGUAAACAUGAAAAUCAAGAUAAAUUGUAUGUAGAAAAUAACUUGAACAAUACAUUAAAUAAAAAGAUAGGGGAAAACAACCGACAUAAUAGUGUACAGGUUGAUGAAUCGUCGCAAUAUUUUAGUAAUGAAGAUAUUUUAUAUGAAAAAAAUAACAUUUGGAAUAAGCAAGAGAUUAGAACAUUUUUAGAUAAAUAUUUUACAUACCCUAAAAAUUUUGAAAAGAUAAGUCAAUACUUAGAAUUUAAAAAUACAAAACAAUGUGUUGAUUUUUAUUAUACAACAAAAAAUUUUUUUAAUUUAAAAAAAAUAUUAUUAACAUUAACAGAAAGUAAAAUGAAAAGGCCCAAAAAAUGCUUAACAUCAGUUAAUGAUGUAAGUAAAAAAAAUUUGAAAGAAGAAAUUGUGAAUAAAUUAUUAAAAAAAUUAGAAAAUAAUAAUAUAAAAACUGAAUUUGAAGAAUCAAAUUAUGUUAAUUGUAAUUAUAUAAGUUUGAGAAUUUUCUUUAAAAAGCUUUUUGAAAAAACAUAUAAAAAUAUGUCUGGUAAAAAUUUACCAAAUAAAGCCCCUAUUAAUAAGCAUAAUUAUUAUAAUAAUAGUUUAACCAAAGGAAUAUUGCUUGAAAAUAUGUCUGAUGGAUAUAUAGUUCCACAAAAUUAUAGCUUUAUUUUAAGUUCAAAUAGGAAAUUAUGUUUUUUAAUUAAAAAUGCUGACGACAUUUAUCAGGGAGUUAAUUCGGAUAUUAUUGAAAUAAAGUAUAAUGAAAAUCUCGAAGAUGAUAAAAAAAAAGAUGAGAAAAAAAAAAAAAAUAAUGCAGCAAAUUAUAAUGUUAAGAAAAUACCAGAUGGCAUAUCAGCUGGGCCCCUUAAUAAUACUUCGCCUCAAAAAAACAACACAAAUAACGAAGGUUCUUGUUUUAAUUACCUUCAAAAUGAAAAAAAUUAUUUAUUAAAAAGUGAAAGCAAUCAAGAAAAUAUAGAGCUGGAUAGAGGGGAAACAAAUUUAUAUGCAGAAGAUUUAGACCAAUAUAAUAAAACUUACCAAGAUGGUAAAGGAAAUAAUCAUAGUUACAUAAAUGGGCAUCAAAAUAAUAUUGAAAAUAAUAUGGAGGAUAUAAAAGAAGAAUUUGAUUAUAAUAAUAACGAGCAAAUUUCCAGUGCUAAUAAAAACUUAUGUGGAAAAAAUACUCAGAUUGAAGGGUGUGAAGAAAGUUUAUACAAAUGCUUUGAAUUUUUAAAAAAUAUGAACCAAAGAAAUAAUGAAAAUUUGAAUAAAAAUUAUACAGCUAGCCAAAAGUCCGCUUCUCUAUACUUUGAUUGUAAAUUAAAAAAAGGAAUAAAAAAAAAGAUUUUAAAAAAAAAGAAAUUAUUAGCCCAACAAAAAGAAAAAAUAGUAAGCAAAAAUGGUACUGUAUCAAAAGUUAAUGUAACAAAUAGUGUCCCUGAAAAAAAGGGAAAAAAUAAUAGAACGAGCAAAAAACCAAUACAAGAUUUAUCUGAAUAUAAUAUGUCGAAAAAAAAAUUAUUAAACGGAGUAAAAAGCUAUAAUGGAAAUGAUACGAUAAAAAGUAAUAGUAAAUUGGGAAAUGCUUAUGAAAAAGCAAAUGAUGGACAAACGACGGAAAAUACAUAUUAUAAUGAAGAAAAUACUAAGCAAAAAAAGAGUAAUAAAUAUUCUUCUCAGGCAGAGGGAAAUUAUAAAGAAAUAGAUUAUCGUGAAUAUGCGCAAAAAUUAAAAGAUGAAAUUCGAAUGAAAUACGCCAAAAAAAAUAAUGCUCAUAAAAAUAAAAAUAUGUAUAAUGGUAAUUAUGAUGAAAAUUAUUAUUAUGAUAAAGUAGAAAGAAAAGAUGAUAUUAACUCUGGUGGAAUUGCUCCUAUUGGGAAUUAUUCAGAGAUGGAUUAUAAAAAUGGAAAUAUUAUAGGAAGUAAUUAUAUGCCUUUAGAUAUUAAUAACCCUAACUCAUAUUAUAAUAUAGGUUUAGAAAAUAAUAAAAACAUAAGUGAUAAUAGUAAAUCUUCUAUGGUUAAUCCUUUGAAUCACCAACAAAUGGAAAAUUAUGAUGACGAUUUUUUGGACCCAUUAAAAAGUAACGCUCAACGGAAAACAGCAACAAAAUGGACUGAUAGAGAAAAAGAAAUUUAUUUUGACACAUUUUCAAAAGAUGGAAAAAAUUGGGACUCUUUAUUUUCAGCACUAAAAUCGUUUGGAAAAACAAAAGAUCAAAUUAAAAAUUUCUACCAAAAUUCAAUUGUGCGACGAAGAAAAGGUGAUAUGCUAUAA